AUGAAGUCUCUCAUUUUGCUGACAAUCGCCAUUUUUGGAUGCACCUUAGCCAUGAGACAACAGGUUUUUUUUUAAUUUUAAUAUAAAAAAUUAAAAUUUUCAAAAUUUUUUCAGUCGGUCGCGGUUUCCGGCAAGCUCAUGUGUGGGCCAAAACCGGCUGGCGGUGUUAAGGUGAAGCUUUGGGAUGAGGAUGAUGGUCCGGAUCCGGAUGAUGUUUUGGACGAGGGAUUCACCAAGGAUGAUGGAACCUUCCAUCUUUCGGUGGGUUUUUUCCUGAUUCACUGUGAAAAUUACCCGCAACUCAAAUAACUCCAGGGAUCUGAACGUGAAUUGACCAACAUCGACCCGGUCUUCAAGGUUUAUCACGAUUGUGACGAUGGAAUUAAACCCGGACAACGUAAAGUGAAAUUCCGCAUUCCGGACAGUUAUAUCAGCCCCGGCGGAAACCCGAGAAAAGUUUUCGAUAUUGGAGUUUUGAACUUGGAGACUAUUUUCCCUAAAGAGGAAAGAGAUCUUUUCUAA